AUGGAUUCAUCGUUACCAACGUGGAUGCAAGGCAAGCGACAGCGGCAAAGCUCGGCGUGCUCGCACGCUUUUCGCCUGCUCCAUUUUUCGGGUUUCUCCGGCUCUUCUUCUCCUUUAUACAUCGGAAUAUGUGUGGGGGCUCUCUCGCCGACGAUCGCCGAGCUACGCGCGCUGAUAAAGAGGUCCGGGCGCAAGUCGUACACGGUGGUGGCGGGAAAACCCAACCCGCAGAAGCUGGCCAACUUCCCCGAGAUCGAAACCUUCGUGCUGGUGUCGUGCGAGCACGCCGCGCUCGUCGACGGCCGCGACUACCUGCAGCCCGUGAUCACGCCGUGGGAGGCGCAGGUGGCGUUCACGCACGGCGCGCACUGGGACGGGGAGGUGCGGCUGGACUUCGACCACCUCCUGGAGCCGCGGCGCGCCGGAGCAGCGGCGGGACCGCUCUCGCGCGAAGAGCGUCCGGCGGAGGAAACGCCCAAGUUUUCCUUCCUGGGCGGGGGCGUGCGCGCGGGCCCUCCCGGGCGCCGUUCCCCGGGGCACGAGGACGGGGACGAGGACGACGCGUCGUCCUCGGAGGGCGAGGAGGAGGGCGACGCGGAGGAGGGGGUUCUGGGCGACGGGUACGUCCGGCGCAGGAGCCGGGCCGCCGCGGCGCUCGCCGUGCGCGCGAACGCGGCGGUGGCGGCGCGCGCGGGCGGCUCGGGCGUCGCCGACGUGCGCUCGGGCGCGGAGUACCUGCUCAGCCGGCGCACGUACACGGGGCUGGAGCCCGGCCCGCGGCGUGACGAGGACGGCGCCGCUGCGGACGCGCCGCUGGAGGCGGCGAAGGGGCUCAGCGGCCGCGCGCGCUCGUACAAAAGCGAAAACGCGAAAACGUAG